UCCCCUCUUAUUCGCACGCCUGGCACAGUGCCCUUGCUGCACCCCUGCAAUCGUCAAGCCAACCAUGGCGCUUGUCAUGCUGCGUGACGUCAAUGUCAUGAACAACCCCGCUCUGUUCAAUGAGCCCUUCCAAUUUGAAAUUGUCUUCGAUUGUCUUGAGCCACUCCCACUUGACCUCGAAUGGAAGCUCAUCUAUGUCGGGUCAGCGGAAUCCGCGGCCGCGGAUCAAGAGCUGGAGUCGGUUCUGGUCGGGCCGCUUACCAAGGGCCUGCAUCGUUUCGUCUUCGAGGCCAACGCUCCGGAUGUGACGAAGAUCCCGAUGGAGGAUGUCGUCGGUGUUACGGUCAUCCUGCUGACUUGCGCCUACAAUGACCAUGAGUUCAUUCGCGUUGGGUAUUACAUCAACAAUCACUACAAUGAUGAGACUCUUCAGGGCCAGCUGCCACCAGAGCAGAUCGAUUGCAGCCGCCUGUACCGGCAUAUCAUGGCCCACGAGCCGCGCGUCACGCACUUCCCCAUCAACUGGGCCAACCCGGACGAGCCACUGCCCGUGCCGGAGGAAGUCAUGAAUGUUGUCCUGCCGGAGGAGGAUGAUGAUGACAUCGCCGUCACCACGGCCUCCGGUGCCGGUGGGGCCAAGGCCGCCGCCGGUGGGGGGCUGUCCCUGCCAACCGCCGACAUGCUGGCCUCCUCGCCCGGAGGGCUGACCGGUCGGCCGGCUGCCGGGGUGGUGCUCACGGUGGACGACCCGUCAGCUGUUGAUGGCUUUGCCGGUGACAGCGGCGAUGCCAUGAUGGUGGAUGCCAGCGAUGAGGAUGCCGGCUCGCAGGAUCUGAUGACCGACGACGACGAUGAGGAUGACGAUGAUGAUGAGGACGACGACUCCGAUGAGGAUGAUGAGGCGCUCACCGAUGAGGAGGGCAAUGUCGACCUGUACACCAGUGACACUGACUCCGAACUUGAGGCCGACAACCCGAGCAUGGCUUCGGAAUCGGGCGUCCAAUCACAGGCCAUGGCGGCGGCCCCUCCGACGGCUGGCCCGGCGCAGCCCGCCACAGUUGUCUGAGAAAAUGCCCGCCCCUCGCCCGCCCCCUCCCCCUCCCCCCUCUCUCUCUCUC